GCCUCAGCAAGGCAGUGAGGUGUUUACCACCGCGGGGAGGAGGAUGGCUGCCACCUGCGCUCGUGCCACUCUCUACUGAAGCCCUGUCACCGCCUCCCCGUGGGCCGCGCCUCGUCGGUGGCCGGCGCCCCUGUGUGUGUGGUGGUGGAGUGGUGGCAGUGCCGUGGUUGCCGUGUGUUGUGCUGGGCAGGGGGGGAGGGGCAGUGUGCAGUGCCCAGCCUCAGUGUGAGUGCAGCCAAACAUGAGUCGGUGCGCCAGGGUCGGGUCAGCUGUGUCUUGGGCCGAGCCUGUCUGCGUGGUGUGCGGGCUUGGGCACGCUGUCUCCGCGGCCACCAGGGUGUGGGCAGCUGGAAAAUCAAUAUCCCACCAGUGCAGUGCCGUGCCGGGCAGUGUAAGGGAAUGCCUGCAGCAGUGACCAUAUUCACCCGCCCCCCUGCUACUUUCCUCCUCUCCCUUCCCUUGCCCGCCCUCUUCCCCUCCUCCUCCUCUUCCUCCUCGCUCUUCUCUUCCACCUCCACCUCCUGCAGCAGCAGUGUGAAGGGGCAUGCGAGGAGGCGUCCCACGGACCGUGCUGCUGCUGCUGCUGCUGCUGGUGCUGCUGCUGCUAUCUUGAGGUGACUGGCUGCCGCCACAGGUAGUGAGUGCCACAGACAGUCAAGAUGCAAGCCAAAAAACGAUAUUUGCUCUUAUUCAGCUGUUGUGCGUUCCUCUUCUUUGGUUACUUUGGCUACCACCACUUCAAGGCUCACCGGCAGAGCAAGUGGCACCACCACCUCUCCAGCUAUUCAGAGGACUCUGACCUGCUGCAGGAUGAAGACAUUUCCCCCAGCCCUCGCUUCCACCGGCUCAGUGAUAGUGGAGGUGGUGGUGGUGGUGGUGGUGGCAGUGGUGGUGACACGCGGGACUGUCGCAUGGAGACCUGCUUUGACUUCAGCCAGUGUGACAGAGGGUUCAGGGUGUACGUGUACCCCAUAGACGACAACGUUCCGCCCAGUGCCAGUUAUGCCAAGGUGCUAAAUGCCAUCCGUGAGUCUGGCUACUACACGUCCGACCCCAGCCAGGCGUGUGUGUUCGUGCUGAGCCUGGACACCCUGGACCGGGACACACUGAGCAAGGAGUACGUACGCAACAUGCAGUACAGGGUGCAGCGGCUGGCCCUCUGGAACAACGGCCAGAACCACAUCAUAUUCAACCUGUACUCGGGCACCUUCCCGGACUACCUGGAGGACCUGGGCUUUGACCUGGGCAAGGCAAUCCUCGCCAAGUCCAGCAUUUCCAUCGAGAACUUCCGGCAGGGGUUCGACAUCUCUCUGCCGCUGUUCCACAAAAGCCACCUGGAGAAGGGGGGUGAGGAGGGCUUCCUGGAGUCCAACAAGUUUCCCGGGAACAAGAAGUACCUGCUGUCAUUCAAGGGAAAGCGUUAUGUGUACGGCAUUGGCAGCGAGACGCGGAACAGCCUCUACCACCUGCACAAUGAGAGGGACAUCGUGCUGCUCACCACCUGCAAGCACGGGGACAGCUGGAAGGGGUACAAGGAUGAGCGCUGCGACCACGACAACGCAGAGUAUGACAGGUACGACUAUGAGGUGCUGAUGCGCAACUCCACAUUCUGCCUGGUGCCGCGGGGUCGACGGCUGGGGUCCUUCCGCUUCCUGGAGGUGCUGCAGGCAGGGUGCAUCCCAGUGCUGCUGGCCAACGGGUGGGAACUGCCUUUCAAUGAGGUGGUGGACUGGUCCCGUUGCACCAUCCAGGCCGACGAGAGGCUACUGCUGCAGGUGCCAGAGGUUGUGAGAUCCAUCAAUGCCUCUCAGAUGCUACAGAUGAGGCAACAGACGCAGCUCAUUUGGAACAGAUACUUCUCCUCCGUUCAGAAAAUUGUCUUUGCAACGCUGGAGAUCCUGGCGGACAGGGUCAAGAGGUCAAGGGCACGGCCGCUGUCGGUGUGGAACAGUGACCCCGGCGCCCUGGCCAUCAACUUCUCCUUCUCCGAUUACCUGCCACACUUCCCCUUCUACCACGACGCCCUCGGCACUGCGCCACACUCCAGAUACACAGCGGUGGUGUCGGUAAGUCAUGGCGGCAGUGGUCCCAUACACACCACGCCACUCUACAGACUCAUCAAGAACAUUUCGAAGAGCAAGUUUGUCGGCAAGAUCGUGGUGGUGUGGACGAGCCCUCAGGUGGCACCCCCAGAGAGCAGACUCCCCGGGGGCUCGGUGCCAGUACACGUGGUGGUGCCGGCGGACCCCUCUCCCUCGGCACGGCACGCCCCACACCCACUAGUGACCUGGGAUGCCGUUUUCUCCCUGGAUGAGGACGUGACGCUUACCACUGAUGAGCUGGACUUUGCCUUCACUGUGUGGCGCACCUUCCCUGACCGCCUAGUGGGGUACCCGGCGCGCUCACACCACUGGGAUGAGGCUAAGGGCGGGUGGAGCUACAGCAGCCGGUGGACCAACUCGUACUCUGUGGUGCUGAGCGGCGCGGCCAUCUACCACCGAUACUGGCAGCACGUGUACACCCACCAGGCCCACCCCAGCCUGCUGGCCGCCGUCACCACCACUGCCAACUGCGACGACCUGCUCCUCAACCUGCUGGUGGCUGCCGUCACUCGCCGCCCACCCAUCAAGCUCACCCAGCGCAAGCAAUACAAGGACCCCGCCUCGGAGGCCAAGUGGGUGUGGACGGAGCAGAGCCACUUCCAGCAGCGCAGUGUGUGCCUGAACACCUUCGUGUCGGUGCUGGGCUUCAUGCCGCUGCGGCACUCCAACCUGCGCCUGGACCCGGUGCUGUUCAAGGACAAGGUGUCCAUGCAGAGGAAGAAGUACCGACAGAUUGAGAAGAUCGGCAGCUAACGACAGCUGAGGUUUAGGUUCUCAAAACUUUUAGUGUUUGGUGGAUACUUUGUGCUGAGCGACGGCCUCAACCUCAACUCGGAGGAGACUCUCUAGGCCACAGUAGCUGCGGCGGCGGCCGACGGCCUGCUGCUCCCUUGCAGACUCUCUGGGUCGGCUGCACUCUUGAUGCCAACUCGGAGCGAACUCUGUAUUAAGGGCAAGUGUCUCAGCAGUGAUGCCAACGCAGAGAAAACUCUCUAAGUCAGGUGGUGUGAGUCUGUGCGUGUGAGUCUUAAGGGUGACAACACACCAGCCACCACCACCACCACCACCACUACCACUACCACCGUCACUCUCACUUGCUCACCACCUCCCGUAUGUGGUGGUGAUCCAUCUGUUUGCUUCUCUUGACCACUUCCAUUAGGCAUCACCAUAGAAAAGUACUCCACUCCACUCCUCUCCACUCCACCUGAUGUGUGUCCUGUUGUCCCAUGUGUCACUCUUCCUCUCAAGUCUCCACUUCACCACUCAUGAGAUGAAUAUUGUCGUUUCAUUACUCCACUAAGCCUUAUUGUUUAUCUCAUCUGACAUACAUGUAUAAAUAUUAGACCACUUGGAACCACAUGUCAUUCCUCCCAAGGCACCUCAUACAAACACUCACAAUUUGACCUGAAGGGGAGCUGAAUCUUUACCAAUGACACGACUUCACUGGCUCAGAAAAUUUGUAACCAGAACACAGGAAAAGCACAUUAGGCAUUACACCAAGACGACCUUCGGGCCACAAGAUCAUGUAUACAAACACACAAACAUACAAAACACACAAACAUACAAAUCUGUAACCAGGAGAACACAGGAAUAGCAUUUUAGGCAUUACACCAAGACAACCUUUGGGCCACAAGAUCAUACAUACAAACAUACAAACAUACCAAGGCCAUCUCCCUGAAAAAAAAAGGCAGCUAAGACAAGGCACAUAGCUUGCACACUCACACUCCUUACCACCAUUCUCUUAACCCUUUGGCUCCCAGCAGAGGAUCAGUGCAAGAUUAUAGUAAGACGGAUUUUUACCUGUAACAGGCCUAUCACCUUCACUGGGCCAGGAAACCAAACUGUAACCAAAUGAAGGCAAGGAGAGCUCUUUAACUGAUAGGCCAAGACAGCUUUUAGGCUCUUAGUGUGACAAAUUUUUACCUAUGAGGCCUGACACCUUCACUGUGCCAGGAAACCAAACACCAACCAAACAAAGACAAGGAAGGCUCUUUAGAUGGUAGGCCAAGACAACUUUUAGGCUCUUAGUGUGACAAAUUUUUACCUAUGAGGCCUGAGACCUUCACUGUGCCAGGAAACCAAACUGUAACCAAAUGAAGAUAAGGAGAGCUCUUUAGUUGGUAGGCCAAGAUAGCUUUUAGGCUCUUAGUGUGACAAAUUUUUACCUACGAGGCUUAUCACCUUCACUGUGCCAGGAAGCCAAACUGUAACUAAACAAACACAAGAAAGGCUCUAGAUGUUAAGCCAAGACAAUUUUUAGGCUCAUGAUCAUAGUGGGACCUUUAAAUCUUCAACUAUAAGGUCUUUGCUGAGCCAGGAAACUAAACCAUGACUAGGACACAAGGAAAGCAGCUUAAACUAGACCCAGGGUGACUGUCAGGACAUAGGAUCAUUUGAAGACGCUGUGAGUGAGAGGUUGUGGUGGUGGUUGUAGUGGUGGUGGUGGUGGUGGUGGUGGUGGUGGUGAAGUGGCGCAUCAUCAUCGUCGUCAUUAUCACCACAAUCUUCCCGCAGACAGAACUGUUGAAGAGAAAUUGGCGUUCAGGUUGAGUAUGUGCAUUUUUCUUGAUUUCUUGCUCCCAGUGAACCAAUGACUUCUGUAAGUAAGUGUCAUUCAGAGCGAGUCCUGAACACAAAGCUUGAACAGUCAGUCAGUCAGUCAGUCAGUCUUUGUACCCUGCGUUGUAGUCACUCAUUGUACAUAGAUGUUUGUGUGUGCGUGUGCAUGUGUGUGUGUAUGUGUGUGUGUGUGUGUGUGUUGGAGUGUGAGGUAAGUGUGUUGUAGUGGAGGAUGUGAGUGAGUCCUCCAGUCUCUGUGUUACAAGUUGUUUAUGAGAAGGCAGCUCAAGACAAGCCGUGUGUAUUUGCCCGUCUGUCUGUCUGCCUGUCUGCCUGUCUGCCUGUCUGUUACUCUCCUGGUUCGACUCAAUGGGAGAGGAACAAGAGGAGCCUAAUUCAACUUCCAUUAUGUGUCUGCUGCGUUGUGUGGACGGCUGGCUACCCAUUAGACAUAUCAGCUGUUGGGUGUUAAAAAAUGUGUGUGUGUGUGUGUGUGUGUUUGUGUGUAAGUGACUGAGUGUGUGUCCAAGUGAGUGUCUGUAUGUGUGUGUGUGUGUGUGUGUGUGUGUGUGUAAGUGACUGAGUGCGUGUGCGUCGUUUUAUACUCAAAAUAGUGCGACGUUUUUUGAUACAGGAAAAGAUUGACAGUUUAAGAAAAAAAAAUUGAAUGCUGUCUGUGUAGAGAGAGAGAGAGAGAGAGAGAGAGAGAGAGAGUCACUAGGUAAAGGUGCAGUGGAUGGUGCCAAUAAUUUGUUGCUCCAUAUAACAUGUACAGUAAGCAAUUCCACAGUCAUAUUACGUCUUUUAAGUGUUCAUUCUCUGUUAGGUUGGGAUGUCAAGCUCAAAAGACUUGUAGCAUAUAUUAGUUCGUCACUACAUUAAGUUUGAGGGUUUUGAGGUGAAGUGAAGUGAAGGAAGGAAGGUGAGGAAGAGGAAGUAAGGUGGAGUUAGGCAUGAGGAAGUGGAAGUGAGAUGGUUAGCAAGGAAGGGAGAUGAGGAAGCGAAGGUGAGGUGGAGUUAGGCAAGGAAGGUGAAGGAAGGAAGACAAGGAAGAGGAAGUGAGGUGAAGUUAGGUAAGGGAAGGUGAAUGAAGGAACAUGAGGAAGUGAAGGUGAGGUUAGGCAAGGAAGAUGAGGAAGUGAGGUGAAGUGAGAAAGAUAAGGAAGCGCAGUUAAUUGAGACGUGCAUGUGAAGAUAGGAAGAGAAGGAAGUGUGGUGAGGUGUGCUAGUUAUUCCUCCUCCUGGAUUUUAUGAAUAGAGGAAGGAAGAAGUGAAGGAGUGAAGGAAAGGAAGGUUGUUGAUACUUUAUGCUCAUGUACUUGUGAAUGAAGGAAAAAAAGGGUGUUGAAUGAAUGUGUUUCCCUCCUGUGUAUUCCUGAAAAAAAGUAGGAAAGAUGAGAAUGAAAGAAGGAAAGAGAAGGACUGUAUAUUAAUUUCUCUUCUUCCUUCAGUUUUCUUUCAUAUUAAGCAAAAUGAAGGAAGAAGAGAUGUGAUUCUGUUUGUGAAGGAAGGAAGGAAGGAACCUGGGAAGGAGAGGAGGUUGUUGAGAAGGAAGGAAGGAGGGAGUGAAGGAGAGGUGGUGUGAUUCUGUUUGUGAAGGAAGGGAAGAAGGAAGCUGAGAAAGGAUAGUAGGAAGGAAGAAAGGCAGGGAGAGUUUGUUAGCCUCCUCCUCCUCCUCCUCCUCCUCCUCCCUGGUGGUGGUGAUGGUGGUGGUCUUCAAGUCAUUCCAGAGUUCCUGUCAAUGCUCUAGAGUUAGGGAUGGAGGUAAACAGUGAAAUAAACAAACAAACAAACAAACAAACAAACGAACGAAUGAACAAACGAACAGAUAAUAUACUAAAUGAAUUAUAUUGAUCGUUGUUACUCAUUCAUCAUCACUACUAUUGUAUUACUUAACUACUACUACUACUACUACCAUUGUGGCUACGACUACUUGAAAACAAUACUCUAAAUGAUCUUUUCCUCGCUAUUGCAUUGUGGUAUCUUAUCUUGACUAUUGCCUGUGUUGUGUUCAUGUAACCUCUUGUGUUCUGGGGCACUAUGAGAGAGAGAGAGAGAGAGAGAGUCAUAGUAAUGUGUAUCUCAAGUUUUGAAUCAUACUCAAGCUGUGAUGUGCCAAAAAAACUGUACUGGGCUAUGUGACUUAUUGUUAUUAUUAUUAUUAUUAUUAUUAUUAUUAUUAUUAUUAUUAUUAUUAUUAUUAUUAUUAUUAUUAUUGUCUUCUUCGGUAUUAGGUUGUCAUUAUUAUUAUUAUUAUUAUUACUAUUAUUAUUAUUUUAUUCUUGUUAUUAGGUCUUUAUCAACACUUGCAUUUGUUAUCAGGCACUAGUUUGUUAUUAUUAUUAUCAUCAUUAUUAUUAUCAUUAUUAUCAUUAUUAUUAUCUUGUGUAAUCACCUUCACCUGCAACUUAGCAAGACAGUGUGUGUGUGUGUGUGUGUGUGUGUGUGUGUGUAGCGAACCAUGCAAGUGUACAUGUGUCAUUUAAUAUUUUUCGAGAUUCACCAACGAAAACCUGCUGUCGGAACCCAUGAGUAUAUUAUUAGCACUUAUUUCCCCUCUUUUCAUUUUUUUAUUCUGCAUGCACCAAAUUUUUCCACGGUAAUCACCCUGACAUGUUGGCGAGACCUUUAAGUCCUUCAUGCAAGUCUUGAUCUCCCUGCAGGACAGUGCUGGAAAUGUUCUUAAAAGUUCACUUGUACACAUCUACUUAAAGGAAGGUCAGCAGGGGUGAUUGUUUAGCAGUAAGCCAGUGGUGAGAAGUCCCUAAAAUUGUCAGUCUUUUAUUAGGAAUACUUGUGCCAUAAUUCCUUUCCUUUUAUGAUUUAUGAGGUACCUGCUCUGCAUGUGUGUGUGUGUGUGUGUGAGAGAGAGGCAAGAAACACUGUCUUUGAUGGUGGUGGAAAUAUUACUCAUGGUGAAUUUCUCAGUGACUCAGUAUUCAUGCAUAGGAGUGUUCAUGGAUUCUCUCAUUGCCCACCAACUCACUGACUGACUGACUGACUGACUGACUGACUGACUGAGCAACACUUUCUCUUUCCUUCCCUUGUCAGUCAUCCACAGUGUUCAUCGAUUCUCUAUAGCUGACUGACUGACUGACUGACUGACUGACUGACUGACUGACUGACUGACUGACUGACUGACUGACUGACUGACUGACUGACUGACUGACUGACUGGCAUUACUUGUUUUUUAUCAGUCAUCCCCACUUACUCAAAUUCUCACAGCAAACAUCAUUUACGAAAGACAGGAAGCUGAACUUGUGAAGGACAUAUGGGACUUGUAAAUGACCAGAUAGAACCCAUAAGAGGGACUUGUAACAGAAAUAACCCUUGUGACUGGCCCUGUGACCUUUAGACACUGAGUUAGACUGUAAGGAAAGGAGGUGCAGUAACAGGACUAACAUAACCCUUGUGACUGGCCCUGUGACCUUUAGACAGUUAAUUAGACUGUAAGGAAAGUAUUGCAGUAAUAGAAUUUGGGUUAGACUGGCAGGGAGGGAAGGUACAGUCUCAUAGUCUCACCGUAUCCCCUUCACUCUUCCCUGCCCAGUCUCCCCCACCCCCCCUCACCCCUCCCAGUUGGCGCAGGAGUGUUAAACUAUACAUACGAGUAACACGAAAGAUUCCAUUUUCCAGGGACCACGUUUGAUCACCAGUGUAUUAAGGGAAGUGCGGAUCGAGUCGUUUCAUUCUCAUCCGUGUGGUAAAGUUGCCGUCUUGAGCGUUGUGUGUAGAUGAAGUGGAUUUUUUAUCAUGUAUAUGUGAAGAAGUGGAUUUUUAUUGCUAUUAUUUAUUAAUUUAUCUUUUUUUAUUGACUUAUUUUCCGUGUGUGUACGUGUGUGUGUUUGUUGAAGCCGCCGUUUGUUGGUUUGUUCGUCUGUUUCCCCAGUGAUGUGAUUAAGGUCCAGAUCAUCGACAAUAAAAGUAAUGGUAAAUGUAAUUCCUUAUGUCGUUGAAGACUUAUUGUAAUUUUUUCUUUAUUUGUUGUAAUGGGAACAGAUUCUCUCGUUAUUUUUGAUGCAUUUUGUCACUCUAGUAGACGAGAAUUAAGUGUUUGACAAUAAUAACAGUCACUUAUUCUUGGCUCUUAAUCUCUUGCUAAUUCUUUAUCUUCUUUUCCUCCAUUUUCUUUCUCUCUUUCCUGUUCAUUAUUAUCUCCCUCAUUAUUAUUCUCUAUUUUUUCUUAUUUUUCUCUCUUCUUCUUCAUUCCUCUGUCUCUCGCCCCCUCCUCCCUGCCAUUCUCCGUCCUCCGUUUUCUGUUCCGCUGGGUCGCGCUCAUUGUUAUCCUCGCAUUGUUAUCGUUGUGGUCUCUGGUGUGGUGACGGUUCUCACGCCUCAUUGCUCAUUGUCGGCAGUUGAAGCUCAUUCCCUUGUCGUUAAGUUCCUUCUGUUUUUCUAUGGUUUGUUUUUACUAUCUCUAUCUCUUUAGUUUUUGUUUGUUUCCUGUUUUUUUUUUAUUUCUUUCUUCUCGUCUUUAAUUUCCUUCUGUGAUUCUAGUUUUCCUUUGUUUCUUGUAUUUUUUUUUUUAUAUUUUGGUUUAUUUUUGGCAUUAUUUUCUCUUUUCCUGUCUUCAGUUUUCUUAUAUUUCCAUGGUUUGUUUUCCUAUCUCAAAUUUCCCCUUAUUUCCUAUAUUGUUUAGUUUAUUUCAUCAUUAUUCCCCCCCAGUUAUUAAGUUCCAUCCCUCUCUAUGGCAUUUUUUUCCUAUCUCUUUAGUUUCCCUUUAUCUCCUGCAUUCUUUUUAGUUUAUUUUACCACUAUUUCCCCUUUGUGCCUCUAAACCCCCAUUGUGUUAUUUCCGUAACCACUUAGUCUAUACAAAUUAACCCUUUCCCCGCUAACUGGUACACCUUUCCUUAAUUACCAAUCAUCUUUACUACUCCUACAGCCACAUCUAUCUUUUAAACUGUGUAGAAACUGGAAAAUCUAUUGUUUUUUUUAAUCCCCUUCCUUGUAGAGGUUUUGAAAGAUUUAAUUCAUUAUCUUCUGUUGUAGUUAAAGGGUUAAGAUAUGUUUUCCCCCGCCCCCUUCCUAUGUGAUGCUGUGCUGUGUUGCUAUUGCUGUUUGUUUUCUCCCGUAGUGAAGGUUUAAGUAAGUAUUUAUAUGUUGUAAACUUGUGUGAUUCAAAAGGUGCAUUUUUUUUCUUAAGUAUUCUGUGUAAGUCACUUUUUAGGUUGAAAAAUUGUUGUAUAUUUUACGUGCUGUGCUGUCAUCUUGUUUUUCCUCUCAUUUUUCCCUGUGAGUGAGGAAAAUGGCCGGUUUUAGAUGUUUCAUUCUGUACUGUGGAGUGUUUCAUUGGUUUUUCUCUCUUUUCAUGCAGUGGAGGAGGAAAAUUUAUGUAUCUAUUAAGGAAAAUGGCCAUUGUGAAGUUUGUUUUCUCUAUUGUGGAGCACGUGAUUAGUUUUUCCUCUUUUCACACAGCUGAGGGGGAAAAUUUAUAUAUCAAGUAAGAAAAAUGUCCGUUAUUAAGUGUUUUCUCUAUCGUGAACACUUAAUUAGUUCUCCUCUCCUUUCAAACAGCUGAGGAGGAAAAUUUAUCCCAAGAAAAGGAGGUAGAGCAUUUAAUUAGUUUUUCCCUUCCUUUCAAACAGCUGAGGAGGAAAAUUUAUCCCCCAGGACUAAAAAAAUCUAUACCCUGUAGCAUUUGGUCCUAAGUCUCAUCCCACACCGCGUCCUGUCGCAACAACAACAACAAACAACAACAAUAUACUCACAAGAUGCCAUAAAGGAAAAUACGGCAAAAAAAUAAAUGAAUAAAAUAAAUUACGUAAUGAACUAUAUAAUUUUUUUUUUCCGUGAGAUACUUGAAUUACUUAUCUUGUCUCUGGUUAAUUUGGAAUCUUUGCCUCCAUUUUCUUUUUUUUUUUUUUUUUUUUUUUGUUUACUGUGGCAACGGUUUCACUUUUCUGGAUUUUUGAUAUUUUGUGUUCGUUUUUAUCGUCUCAUUUCUGGUGCAAUCUUACGUUAUUAUCUGAUAUUCUUCUAUGUCGCUCUAUUUCACUAUCUUUUAUCUCUGUCUCUUAUAUAAGACCAGCAACUUGUAGGCUUAAUAUCUUGCAGCUUCCCUUAUUUUAUUAUUUUUUUUCUCUCUGUUCUGUCUCUCUUACAAACACACACACACACACACACACACACGUUCUGUUCCCAGGUCUACAUCACAAGCACGGCCGUCUUGAUAUUAAAUACUGUAGCAUAAUUUACUUAUUGUGAGAGUAAGAGUGGUGUGAGUGAGCGUGUGCGUGACGAGCGAGCGAGCAAGCGAGUGAGUUAGUGAGUGGGCGAGUGGGUGGGACGCCUGCCUGCCUGCCUGCCUGCCUGUCUGUCUCCUGAAGGUGAUGCUAGGAUUAAUGAAGUUUUUUGUACAUAAUUUUGUACUGGAAGGCUUGUACAUUGAAGUACAUUCCCUAGCAAUAAAGUGUCAGUGGAU